GUUUUCGGAUGUUUUGUUGCAGAAUCCCAACAACUCAUCAUCAGAAGCAUCAAUAUCCCUUCCUCUGUGAAAGUUGGCGAUGUCGAUUAUGUGAUCCUCGACUGCGAUUAUGUUCUGGAAGACACUUCGAGCAAAGGGUUAGUGGUCAAGUGGUUCUUCAACGACAACCAACUGGUUUACCAGUGGAUCCACGGCAGAAGUCCCUUAGCUGACGAGCCGGCCGCGAAAUAUGUCGAUUUGACAUACAAGGCUAGCGAUGAUCCUUUCACCGAGUAUCGAGCCAUGAAGUUAAAUAAACCAGGAAUUGAUCUAACUGGUGAUUAUAUGUGUGUGAUAUCGACGUUUGAGGACGAACGGGCGGCAAAUGCCUCUAUGGUAAUCUACUGUAAGUAUCUCUUUAUAAUAUAUAGUAGCUAUAAU